UGACUGCUCGUCGCGAACCGAGCUCGGAAGCCCUCGUCCGUAACGUUUCGGUUUCGGAUGUUUUAUUUUUAGUGGGGAAAAAUAGUUUUCAACCCUUAUUGCUCUUAGGCACGAUUUUUCCUGGAGAUAGUCGUUUAAAAUCAACCGAGAGGAAAUUUAAUUGCGUCACGUUUCAACCCUUAUAUUUUGCGGUGAAAAUAAUAGUUUUCAACCUUAUUGCUGUUAAGGAUGCCCCAUUUUUGCCUAAUGAAUGGUGGUUACGCGAAAUCAAUCAAAAAUAAAUUUCCUCGUUAAAUUCUGGAUAGUUCUCUUGCGUUUCAACCCUUACAGUUUUGAGCUAAAAAAAAGUGUUUAACACCUACUGCUGUUUCAUUUUCGGCAUGAAUUGUGGCUGCGUUCGGACGAGAUCAAUUGGAAGGAGGUUUUGCUAGUGAAAUUCUGACUAGUUCUCUUGCGUUUCAACCCAUAUAGUGUUGGAGCAAAAAAAAGUGUUCUCUUGCGUUUCAACUCCUAUAGUGUUGGAGCAAAAAAAAGUUUUUAACCCUUGCUGCUGUUAAGGAGGUUCCAUAUUCGUUAUGAAUUGUGGUCACGUUUGGACGAAAUCAAUUGGAAGGAGGUUUUGCUAGAUACAUACUGACUGGUUUUGGCGCGUGGACUUGUUUGUGACGUCACGGAGGUGUUUUUUAUUUCGAAAAAAUUGAAAAAAAUAAAAUAAAUUAAAAAUACCGAAAAGUUAUGAGGAGCGUUGGGUGCCCGACCCAGAUAUUGCUCUGAUGCGUUGUGGUUCCGUUUUGUGCGGUUGAUGGAGGGCGAGGGGUCCGGAGUUUUUGUGGUUCCGCAUUCGCUCGGGCCGGACGGAUGUUUUCCGAGUGAAAAUAGUGCGGUUGAAAAAUGACGUUUCUGACAAGUGAUUUGUAUCACGUGCCGUCCGUUCGAAAAGUCUAAUCGCGUUUCCUCCUCCGCGGAAAAUUGAUUCGUUCCCGCGAGUGCGAAGCUUUUUCAUCUCCGCCAGUACAUCUCCUGCUUACGAUUAUGUUAUUCCAGAAUUCGCCCCGUCCCGGCGUGGUAGAAUGUUGAUAUCCGAAUUCGGUCGGUUUUACCGAGUGGGUAAACUCGAGAGGCAUUUUACCCGUGUGUGAGUGAAAUAAUAACGCAGGUUUACUAUUCUUGUGAUAAAAUGAUUCGAUGGGCAAAACUGGAUUAAGUGGCCCCUUUUCCUCCGAGAAUACUAACGUGUCUGAGGAUUUUAAGAAAGCAUUCUAAAAGACAGAUCGAGAUAGAGACCUGCUUCUCCACUGGCGACCCAACCGAUGCUGUUUUAAUGCCGGCAAAGGAUGUCGUUUGCCUUCUUCGGGGUUCUUCUAGUUUUAAACAUCCCUCGUCUACCUGAUUGCGGCUGCUUCAACGUGACCUCACCCGACGAUUUAUUCACGACCAACGACCUAUUUUCCACGAGCAUGGCUCCAAGAUCCACUUCCGAAAGUUCAGCCGAGCAACUCUCCCCGACCGAGUUACGAGACGCCCAUAAAAGAAAUAUCAACUCGAACAAACGAAAGCCAUUCAGAAGAAAAAUGACAGAAGCGGGGGACUUACCAGGGAGCGCCACAGAAACUUGUUGCUCAAGUUAUACCGUUGACCAAGCCGCGUCAAGUUCAACGCUCAACCCUUCGGGGCGCCCUCUAGCGAACAAAUUCAGUAACGAAUCACUCUCGACUGUAGCGUCUUCUGUUGAAACUACCCCGCUUCAAGACACGGGCCAGGAACCGAAAUAUAACGAAGCUGAAUUUCACCCUGCGGAACGCCAAAAUCUCAGAACGACGCUCCCUACACUCGUCGAUUCCCAACUCGAAUUUGAGCAGGACGCAGUCACGCCGAAAUAUCAAAGUCUGGAAAAUCAAGUAACAGACUCCGGUACUAACUCUAUCGGACAUAUCUCUACAAAACGGUUAUCGGACGGACACGACAGUGUGCUCGGAUCGAAAAGGAAACGAACCAACGAAUCGCCUUCGAGUGAGGUGAAUAGUCUGGAAAUUCGAGAGACAGACUCUAUCUCUACGUUCAACGCCGGACACGUCUCUACGAAAGCGUUAUCGGAUAAGUACGACAUUGUGUCCGGGUCGAAAGAAAAUACGAAUCGGAAUCUGCCGAUGGGUUCCCUGAGCGACGAAUCGCAAUCGAGUGCGGUGAAUAGUCUGAAAAAUCGAGAGACAGACUCCAUAUCUACGCUCAACGUCGGACAUAUCUCUUCAAAAACGUCAUCGGAUGUGUUCGGGUCAAAAAAGGAUGGAACAAACGGGCAUCCAAUGGAUUUGUCUCUGAGUGACAAAUCGCAGUUGAGCACGGUGAAUAUUCUGAAAAAUCGAGAAACAGACUCUGUCUCUUCGUUCAACGCCGGACAUAUCUCGAAAAAAGCGUUAUCGGGUGUGUUCGGGUCGGAAAGUAAAAGAAAAAACGGGAUUUCGAUGGAUUUGCAGCUGAGUGACGAAUCGCAGUUGAGUGCGGUGGCUAGUCCAAAAAAUCAGGAAACAGACUCUAUCCAUACGUUCAACAUUGGACAAAUCUCCACCGUUGCGUUAUCGGAUGAGUACGACUCUUCAAAAACGUUAUCGGAUGAGUACGGCUCUUUAAAAAUGUUAUCGGAUGAGUACGACUCUUCAAAAACGUUAUCGGAUGCGUUCGAGUCGGGAAGUAAAAGGAAAAACGGAAUUUCGAUGGAUUUGUUGCUGAGUGAUGAAUCACAGUCGAGUGCGGUGAAUAGUCUGAAAAAUCGAGAAACAGACUCUAUCCCUUCGUUCAACAUCGGACAAAUCUCCACCGUUGCGUCAUCGGAUGAGUACGACUCUUCAAAAACGUUAUCGGAUGUGUUGGGGUCGAAAAGGAAGAGAACACACGGGAAUCCGAUGGAUUUGUCUCUGAGCGACGAAUCGCAGUUGAGUGCGGUGGCUAGUCCAAAAAAUCAGGAAACGGACUCUAUCCAUACGUUCAACAUCGGACAAAUCUCCACCGUUGCGUUAUCGGAUGAGUACGACUCUUCAAAAACGUUAUCGGAUGAGUACGAUUCUUCAAAAACGUUAUCGGAUGUGUUGGGGUCGAAAAGGAAAAGAACGAGCGGGACUCCGUCGAUGGAUUUGCCCCUGAGCGACGAAUCGCGGAAGAAGUCGCGGUCGAGCGCGGCGGAGGAGCUCCAGUGGCCGGUGAAGCGGUCGGCGGAGAUCCCUGGGGAUCUGAUCCUGGGCGGGUUGAUGAUGGUGCACGAGAGGGAGGACUCCCGGGCGUGUGGCCCCGUUAUGCCCCAGGGCGGGGUCCAGGCCCUGGAGACGAUGUUGUACACCCUGGAUAGGAUCAACGCCGAAACCGAGAAGUUCAAGGUCACCCUCGGAGCCCACAUCCUCGACGACUGCGACAAGGACACCUACGGCCUCGAAAUGGCCUUGGACUUCAUCAAAGGAUCACUGAGUAACAUUGAAGACGGAGGAUAUCAAUGUAACAAAACUCAAGUGAGGAAAGUUAUCUCCGGUGUCGUUGGAGCUGCCUCUAGCGUGACCUCUAUCCAAGUUGCAAAUUUACUCCGACUCUUCAAAAUUCCUCAGGUCUCUUUCUUUUCAACGAGCCCUGAGCUGAGCAAUAAACAGCGUUUCGAGUAUUUCAGUCGCACCAUUCCGUCAGACGAGCACCAAGUCCGGGCCAUGGUCGAAGUGGUCCGUAAAAUGCAGUGGAGCUACGUCUCCAUCAUUUACGAGGAGUCCAACUACGGCGUCAAGGCAUUUGAAGAAUUGGAGACGCAGUUGAGUCGCUACAACAUCUGCAUAGCUGUGAAAGAAAAAUUGGUGAAAGAUUCUGGUGUCGCCGACGAGAGCGCCUACAACGAAAUCGUCAAUAGACUUCUCAUGAAACCGCGUGCUAAAGGAGUGAUAAUAUUCGGAUCGGACCAAGAGGUAGCGGGCGUCAUGAAAGCUGUUCGCCGUUUGAACGUCACUGGGUGGUUCUCGUGGGUUGGCUCCGACGGAUGGUCAGCACGCGCCCUCGUCUCGAACGGCAACGAGAAAGAAGUCGAGGGCACACUCUCCGUCCAACCCCAAGCCAACCCCGUGAAGGGGUUCGAAGAGUACUUCCUCAACCUCACCGUUGAAAACAACAAACGGAACCCCUGGUUUGUCGAAUUCUGGGAGGCGCACUUCACCUGCCGGUACCCGAACAGCUCGUUGACGCCGUACAACGGGAACUACACGAGGACGUGCACGACGACUGAAAAGCUGACGGCGGCGACGACGGCCUUCGAGAAGCAGCUGCAGUUCGUCAGCGACGCCGUCAUGGCCUUCGCCCACGCCUUCAAGGACAUGCACAGAGACCUCUGUCACAACGAGUCCGGCCUCUGCGAGGCCAUGAAUCCAAGUGCCGGCCCGGAGCUCCUCAAAUACCUGAGAAACGUCAGUUUUAUAGGAUUAUCCGGGGACCACUUUCGCUUCGACUCCAAUGGCGACGGCCCUGCUCGAUACAACAUAAUCCAUUACAAGAGGACCUCGGACACCGUAUACGAGUGGGUCAAAGUUGGCGAGUACAUCGACGGAGAACUCGACCUCAACAUGUCAGAGAUUCGAUUCAGCAACGGUCAAAGUGGAGUGCCUGAAUCAGUGUGCAGUCUGCCGUGUGAACUUGGAGAGGCCAAAAAGUAUGUGGAAAGGGAAAGCUGUUGCUGGCAUUGCUUCAAUUGUUCCCAGUAUCAGAUCCGCUCGCCGACGGACGAGACGCAGUGCAUGACGUGUCCGGAGGGUCACAAGCCGGACGCGCGGCGGGAGAGCUGCCUGGAGAUCCCGGCGGUGUACCUGACGCCGAGCAACGGGUGGGCCAUCGGGGCCAUGUCCUUCUCCGCCUUCGGCAUCCUCUUCACCCUCUUCAACUUCUACGUCUUCCUCCGCUACAACGACACGCCCGUCGUCAAGGCGGCCGGCCGCGAGCUCAGCUACGUCCUCCUCACCGGCAUCCUCCUCUGCUACUCCAUCACCUUCCUCCUCAUCAUCAAACCCACCGACCUCGUCUGCUCCAUCCAGAGGUUCGGCGUUGGAUUCUGCUUCACGAUAGUCUAUUCCGCUUUAUUGACGAAGACAAAUCGGAUCUCAAGGAUAUUCAACGCCGGGAAACGGACCGCUAAGCGUCCGGGGUACAUCACACCGCAGUCGCAGCUCAUCAUUUGUAGCGUCAUGUGUAGCGUUCAGAUCCUGAUAAAUGUGGUGUGGAUGAUGAUCUCCCCGGCGCGGGCGAUCCACCACUAUCCAUCACGGGAAACCAAUAUCCUCGUCUGCUCUUCUUUCACCAACGCCUCCUACAUGAUCGCCUUCUCGUAUCCGAUCGCUCUCGUCAUGGUCUGCACCGUUUACGCAGUCCUCACCCGCAACAUCCCCGAGGCUUUCAACGAAUCAAAACAUAUAGGUUUCACAAUGUAUACAACUUGUGUCAUUUGGCUGGCGUUUAUUCCUUUAUAUUUUGGAACCGGAAAUCAUACUCCCCUCCGAAUAACCACCAUGUCUAUCGCCAUAAGCUUGUCUGCAAGUGUAACAGUUGUUUGCCUAUUCUCGCCAAAGUUGUACAUAAUUUUAUGGCGGCCGGACCAGAACGUUAGACAGAGUAUGAUGCCUUCCCGAUAUUCGGGGACGGUAAAAACAGGCACGACCGCUGGCGCGAUGGCUGCCGCUGUUGCAGUGUCCAAUGCAAAUCCGCCUUAUGCUCAAACUAAUAAUUCUAUGUCAAGCGUUGUCGACAUCGAGAUGAAGAGCGACUUCGCGAAAAGGAAUUCGGUGCCGAUGCCGCACGCCAACCUGAUCUCGAAAGGCGUGCAGACAGAAUCGCAGCCAUCGCCGAAUAUCUCUCCCACGUCCCAGGAGAGCGUUGUAAAUAAAUCUAGUUUAUCCGGUGCUUCCCGACUUAGUACCACCGUGCAACUAAAUAAUAACAAUAGUAUUCCGGAUCGGAAUAAAACUACAAUAAGUGAUAAUAUCGAUAGUGCUUCGAACAAAUCAGAAUUUAAUCAUAGCUCCAAUGUGCCCCCCAGCUUACAGAAUAAUAGUUUGAACAAGGCUAAAGUCAGUUGCGACGCCCCUGUGUCCGGUGGUAAAAAUUGCGUAGCUCCGACGUUGGCCGAUCAUAAUAAUGUUAGCUCAUCGAAUUCUCCACCUUCCGGAUAGGAGGCCGCAAACAAUUCUAAAGCAAACUGUGAUAACGAUAAUUUAGUUUGUAAGUCCUUAACUUCAUCCAGUUCUGGUCGACAUAUUUGUGAUAACAUCAUUCUUAAUAACUCGUGUGCAUUGGCGGAUCCAGCAGUUUGGCAACACCGGAUUUCCUCCAUUUAAACCUAUGGAAAUGUACGUAUCGAUUCUCGGGAGCCAGGAGCUAUAGAUAUCGAUUAUUUAGCAUAGGUUUAAAUAGAGGAAAUCCGGUGUUGCCAAAUUGCUGGAUCCGCCUCUGUUCGUGUGUAAGCCCAGAAACUCAAGUAAACCUAGAUGCGACUAAUGGGCCGACAGAUAGCAGCACUACUUCACGCUAACGAUGUAAUUAUGACGUUCUUGUUUUAAAAUAUUAUUUGUCAUUUGUAAUACGCCCUAGGAAAAUUGCUUUUACCUUUCUGUGUUAAUUUCUUAGGGGAACCAAAUAAUUGACUUAGAUUCAAAGCAUUAAUUUUUAUUUUAUUUUAUUAGUUUUUUUUUUUUUUGAGGUCAAUCUUUGUUACAUAUCAAAAUUAGACGUACUAAGCUUCAGCUCAGUAAUUUCACUACCUAUAGUUUAUGCAUAAUUCUCUCCAUCUAAUCACCCGAACAAAGGUAAAAGGUACAUGGCAUAUGAACAGAACUUUUUUCCUGAAAAAUUAGAAACCUCUGACCUCCUUCUGACCUCUGACUCUUUUCUCUUCUGUUGUGAGAGGUUGGUGUUAUUCAAGAUGAACAGUAAGAGAUAAACCCUUCAAUGUAGAGGGAGCAAUAAUUUUUCUUAUCAAUUUCCAGACAGGACAUUGUGUUUUCUUUUGAAUUGGGAAAAUUUGAUCGUCCUUUGGGAAGAGUAUAACUGGACAGAUAUUAGUUUUGAUUUAAACCCCUCUUACACUGGGUGUCAAUUCAACCCUUUUAUGAAAAUCUCAACCCACAAUUUUACAUGUUUAAACCAUGGGUGUUUAUUGUAAAAGCUGAACUAAAAUUCAAGAGAGUAUAAGGUGCAGCAUCGAGUUUUUCUGUCAACUUUCGAUAAAUGCAUGACAGGUUCCAGAUGAGUAGAGCAAGAAUUAUCAAAAACAGUUGUUGAAAUCUCAUUUUGCUGUGAAAGGGAAAUUCCACUGAUAAUUUUUGAGUUCGACCUUUGAUGGUUUGCGCUUUGAGUUGGUACAUUUUCUCCAUUAAAUAAGAGUACGAGUAGCCAUGCAUAUGUUAUGAAUUUAACUAUAAUUGUUUCUAUUUCACCUGAAGUGAAGGGCGCAAAUGUAAGAUUAAACAGGUACUGUGCCAUCAUUUGGUCGUAUUCAACUUGAACUGCCCAUGAAAGAUGAACUCACUUAAGAAUCCUGGGCAGAAAGUCAGAGAAUAGUCAUGACAUUAAAUAACUUAUUUUAUCAGGAAAAGUGAAAAAUCAACAUUUUUUGUAGAAUUUUGACCUCUUAUUAUUAAACUCGUGGGAGAGGGAUUUUUUUCUCCUUUUCUUACGUUGAAUUUUUAAUGAAUUAAGACUGAUGUUAUUGUUUCCUUUUUUUCUUUUUUUUGCAUUAGACUUAAAAUUCACUGGUCCCAGUGACGUAAAAUUUGUAACUUCAACUUCUUGUUACUUUUAUUACUUGUUUUUCUUGUUUUUUAGACCUACGAAAAUAUAGAAUUUUCAAUCAUCGAUAGAAUUCUCACCAAUAAAUAAUUGGGUCGAUUCGAAACAAUACUAUCGGAAUAUUUUUCUCCAUGUUAUACGUGAAUUAAUAAAUUAUAGAAAAUGCCCAUCAA